GAAAAAUCCAUAAGUCUAAACUAAAAAGGAAACGGAAUACGACAUAAACUUAUUUUACAAGUGCAAGCAAUAUACUAAAACAUUGGAUACAAAUGAGUUAAAAAAAACAAAUUAUUUUGGAAUCAAACACUAAAUUAUGAGUAUUUUGCUAGCACAUUCAUGUUGUCUUCAUUUAUAUUAAUAUUUCUUUAUUAUUUUAGGUCUGGAUACGAUGCGGUGGAUCCUGUUUUUAUUCUCCAUUUUCCCAAUCCUAUCAACCCACCUUUACUUUCAAGCAUACGGUGCACACCUAGAAAUCACGGACUUGAAUGACAACCCAGGUAUUGUAGCUCUUAAAGUAGGUAACACUUUCAUUAGAGAAGGAUAUGAUUGGUUAGUUCAUACAUUCAAAUUAGAUACUUUUCAAGAAAUUUUAAAUCAGUAUGAUAUAAUGAUAAGUCAAAUAAAUUCAAAUGUAAACAUGAAAGAUUUUAAAGAUAUUCUAAAAAUGAAAUUUAUACAAACAAGCUUGACAUUACAAAAACUUAGUCCUAGAAGAAAAACAAAGAGAGCUAUUAAUAUUCUGGGUACGUUGAUUAAAACCAUUACAGGAAAUUUAGAUAAUGAUGAUCUAGUUACCUUAAAUCAAAAGAUUAGUUACCUACAUUAUUCAAAUAAGGAUCUUAUUAUGAAUAACAAUGAACAAAUUAAAAUAAAUAAUCAGUUUCAAGACAGAAUUAACAAUUUAACAAAAGUAAUUUACAAUGAAAAAGAAGAAAUAGGUAAACUUACACAUCAGUUUAGGACAAAUAAAAACAUGAAGGUCUCCUGGGAACAGCUACAACAUUUCCAGAGGUUAAUCUUCAACUUAGACGUAAUUCAACGGCAGUUGGACGAUAUCUCGGAUUCGAUCGUCAUGGCUAAAGUAGGGGUUUUAUCCAAGAGCAUCCUUCAAGCAACGGAAAUCAACUAUAUUAUUGACAAAUUGGAAAAUUCAGGAGUUUCCGUAAACAGUGACGAACAGGUUUACGAAUUUUUAGAACCAGCAGCUUUCUACAACGGUUUAUGUAUUGUGUUUCUCAUAAAAAUUCCAAAAUUCUUACAAGGAAUCUACCAGCAAAUUAUUGUGGAGAAUAUUCCCAUCAAUGAAGAAAUAAUACCGAUCGAUUUCACGCACGCAGUUUUAGGGACGAACGUAACAUUUGUCAUGAACGAUACUUGCGUAAACAUCGAACAAAAUAUCAUUUGCAAGUUACAGACAAUGAAGAAUGUCUCUAAUGAUAUGUGCAUACAUCGAUUAUUAAGAGGGAAUCCCAGUAGCUGUUCAUUUAAAAAAUACAAUGGAAUUCAUGAAGUUAAGUCCAUGGGAAACGGAAAAAUUCUGAUUCGAAAUGCACUCAAAGCUGUGCAAUUAAAAAACAGUUGUGGUUAUGGUCCUAAAAAUCUUACAGGAUCAUUUCUUAUCACUUUUAGAAACUGUUCUGUCGAAAUAGAUAAUCAAUCGUUUGAAAACACCCAAUUGGACUAUAGCAACAUUUUGGAAAUGCUACCAUUGCAAUCAACAUUAAUCAACAAAUCGAAGACUAUAGUAACAGACACACAAAUCUUACAACAAUUACAUACCAACAAUAGAAAGCGUAUUGAAGUUUUGGAAACAAAUAAUCAUCAUGUUUCAUACGGAGGAACUUUCACGGUAAUCAUCCUUCUAAUAAUAACUGGUUACCUGUUCAAAGAAAUAAGGACAAUUUGGACGAAAAUUUUAAUCAAACCAAGUAAACCCACGGACACCAACAUCGAGUUGAACCGGGACGGUUCAAGCUAAGAAGGGGGGAGUUAUGUCCGAGCCUGCCAGCUUACCCUUAUCAUAUCGUGGUUAUCACCCAGCAUCAG